AUGAGCUCCCGUUCAAAUAUCAAACCACCUCGAGGAACAUCUUCCACGAAAAGAACAAAAGGUAAACGUCAAUACACCACUGUAGACCCUACUGAAUUCAAUUGGACGGUUUCAACUGAUGGAGGACUCGUUCUCGGUCUUCCUCCCGUUUCUACUCGCCGUACGUCUACUCGUCCAACAGACAUAAACCAAAUUACCACUGAUAUGGGUGAUAUGAAUUUAGACUCCACCGUCAUCUCACAAGGAAAGAAAGAAUCCGAGUUGACUGGAGAACCUUCUACUCAACGAUCCAAGAGUAAACCGAGAAGGAUGAGUUUCGAUUGGGCAGAUGAUGUACAGGAGAGAGUUGAUUUGAAAGAAGAUGCCAAUAUUGUCGAUCCUUCCAUACGUCGAUUGGAUAAGGAUUUUCCUCUACAUAGCCCUCGUCCUUCUCGACAAUUAUCACUUGUGGUUGACGAAUUGAAAGAUAAGGUGGAAGAUGGUGAGCUCGUUUACGACCAAGAUGAGGUUGAAGGAUCAGGGGAUGAGGUGGAAGAGGGGUUGUAUUCUCCUGAAGAAUAUGACGACAUGGUUGAAGAAGAUCAUGUUGAUUCGUCGAGAUACGAUCAGUCGUACGUUUCCAUGAACCCUGGUUUCAUAUACAACUCUCCCCAACAUGUAGAUCCUCGAUGGUCGACAAAUGGACCGGGAUACGGAUCGAUGAACCAACAUGAGUAUUAUUCUAAUCCCUAUGGGCAACCUCAGACGUCUUAUGCGUCGCAGAUGUGGCCAGUCUCAGUACCGAAUUCUGGAUACUAUCCCCAUCCUUCUCUGUCUGGUCAGACCCAAUCCACAAGUCAAUCACAGAGGAAAAGCCUUCGCGCCGACGCACCGGAAUUCAAACCUGGUCAGAAACACGGAGGGAAGUGA